AUGCCUUUCUCGCUUCUCCGCACCUUCUGCGCCCUCAAACCAUCCCCCCUCCCCCUCCCCCUCCCCUUCCCCCUCCCAAGAAGAGUCGCCACGUCGCCCUGCCGAGCCAUGUCCUCCGCUACCAACCUCCGUUUAUUGUCGUGGGACUGCGCCGACGACCCGCUGGAUUUCGGCGCGUUCGCCGGCGCCGUGUUCCUCCCGCUACAGCGGCGCGCGGCGAAGCGGGAACCCGCGGUGUCGCCGGAGGCCGUUCAGGCGCGCGCCGUUGACGAGCGGGGCGGCGGCGCGGCGGAGGAAGAGGAGAAGGCGCCCGCCGCCAAGAAAGGAAAUUCAAAUCAUCAUUCGGAUAAGAAGACUGUCAAAAUAAUGACAUACAAUGUAUGGUUCCGAGAGGAAUUGGAACUGAUUAGAAGGAUGAAUGCUAUUGGAGAUCUUAUUCAGCAUCACAGCCCAGAUCUUAUAUGCUUCCAGGAGGUCACUCCAAACAUUUAUCUGCUUUUCGAAAAAUCGGAUUGGUGGCAAGCUUACAAAUGCUCCUUGCCGCAUGAGAUGGCCAUGCAAAGACCAUAUUACAGCAUGCAGAUGAGCAAGUUGCCUGUGAAGUCGUUUGACCGCAAACCAUUCUAUAACUCAAAAAUGGGACGGGAGCUGUGCAUAGCUGAUGUGACUGUUGGAGGUGUGAUCAAGUUGGUGGUGGCUACAAGCCACCUUGAGAGCCCAUCCCCUGGACCUCCUACUUGGGACCAGAUGUUCAGCAAGGAAAGAGUAGGCCAGGCAAAUGAAUCUGUGAGGACUCUGGGAGCCUUCCGCAAUCUGCAGAAGAGGCUGGACCGGUUCGUGUGCAAGUUGUCGGAUUUCAAGGUCGAGAGCAUCGAGAUGAUCGGGGAGGAAGUGAUACCAGGUGUCACGUACAUCAAGGAGAAGAAAGUUCGCCAGGAGAUCUGUCAGCUGGUGUUACCUGUCUUACCCAGCGACCACUUCGGGCUUGUUCUGACUAUCAGCUCUCAGUCUGAGAAGAUCUGA